AUGAGUACCGUUCAGUUCAAAGGAACGCAGUCGCGGCCUCGCCGUUUGCAGGGACGAGCCAGCAGCACCAGUUUCUGUAUUGUACGCAACGAACUGGUGGACGAAGUGACCCUCGGUUCCGGCAACCAUAGCGAAGCGUACGAACUGAUCGCCCAAUUCAAGCAAUGUAAGGAGGACUGCAAAGCGCUUACCGAAGAGCGCAGCCUUACCAACCGGCCCGGUUACAAUUUUUACACGGCUUCCUCGUCUCCUAACAGAUGA